CACUUUUUCUUUGUAAAAUGGUAGAAAGUUCAGCUCCAAUCCAAGUCGACUAUGGCAUUGUUGGUCCUGAUGUGCUAGAAAUUGUUUCCGAAUUAAUUUCUUUACUCUGUAUCACUGUACUAGCUACUGCUAUUGGAUCCAAGACCUCUGGGGAACGAAUUAAGACUAUCAAUUAUGGCCGUUUCAUGGUCAUUUUUCUGUAUUUAGUAUCUUGGGCCUUUGCUACAACAUCUGUAGUUGUUGUCUCUACAAAUAAUAAUAAUAUGGUCUCUUGUACAUUGGGCAUGCUUUCUUGUGAUAUUUUUUAUGCCGGUAGUAAAAUCGUAGUUUAUGCAUGGUUAAUUGAACGUAUCUAUUUGGUCACUGCUGUCAAAACUGCUCGCUUAAGAACAUGUCAAUAUCGAUUUCAUCUUGUCUUACUGUGUCCCUAUAUUAUUAUUUUUGCUCUCAUGUUGACAUAUAGAAAUAUUUAUUUAGAGUCUGAUGGCAAAUGCACUAUUGGUUUGCAACUGAUUGCAAGUGUACCCUUAUUGAUUUAUGACUUUAUUCUGAAUCUCUACCUUACUUGGCUAUUUAUGGCUCCUUUGAUGAACAUUGGCCUUAGCUCAAGAACUAACUGGAAACGAACUCGACUGUAUAAGCUCGCAAGAAGAACCCUAGUAGCAUCUGUUGUAUCCUUGUUGAUUUCUUUUGCUAACGUGCUUGUUGUUGUGAUUACACACGGGCACGAAAGAGGUCUUGUUUGUCUUACCAUGUGUACAGUCGAUGUGACAAUUAACGCGGCUACGGUACACUGGGUUACAACAAACCACAAGGAAAGCAGUAAAAGUGGUGGUCUUGGUAACAAGAAAACGUUUCAUACUGCAGAUCAUAUGUCUGCAGAACUUACUUUUGACGCUGAACCUAAUCCCAUAAGUGACAAGCCUAAAUUUGCUGAUUUUGGAUCUGUUCAAAUUGACCGUGAUAGUAAACUAAGCGCUAACAGUAAAGAACAUCACCUUGAAGAAGAUAGCGGUAAUGAAAGCAUUCGCUCCACGCAGGUCUCACAUAUAAGCGCAAGACCGUUGCAUAGUUAUUAAUAUAUUCGUUAAUAAAAUCCUGUACAUGAAAACUUGUUUGUUCACCUCCUUGAUUUUUACACACAGACUAAUUUGCCAUUGUAUUAAUCAAGAAGAAUAGAC